GCUUGAUUGUGUGUCCGUUUGGUUGGGGCCUGUGGUGGAAGCCGGCGAAGAGGAGGGGGGAUGGGCGCUCCGGAGAGCGUUAGUACCCGAGACAGAACCGGAGCCCCCGUAUCACAUCCAGCGGUGUAUAACCCAUAAUAAACAGCGACUGUAAAUAUAAAAGACACAUCACUGGAGUUGUUAACCGGAAUUUAUAAAAGACACCUAUGGAUUUAGAGGAACCUAACAACACAAGGGUUUUGACUUUUCGACAUUUUUUGGGAGAUAGCAAGAACUUUGUUUCCUAGCCUUGAGGAGGGAGCUACUUGUGGGGCAAAGGAUAGAGGAGACUCCGAGGGGGAUAUCCAGGCCUACUGGUCUAAUUGGAAUUGAUGUUGGGAUACUCCAAGGACUUCCAUACUCCACGGUUCUGUCUGGUUUGUAAGGGAUUUGGAAUGACUCUUUAGGUCCCUGAUGACCGUGAGCCGUGGGCUGCGGCUCAACGGCGCCCUCCCGUCCGGAGUGGUCUGUUGCUAGAAAUCGGACCUUGUGAUUCCCUCCUUCCUCCUCCUCUCCCCCAUCCCAUCCUGUCCCUCCUCUUCCCCUCCCCCUCCUCCCCCUCAUCCCCCCACCUCCACGCGUCGCCGCGCUGGACGUCAUGAGCAUAGUAAUCACUCUGGGAGUCACCACACCUGAGACGUCUUACUCGGAUAUGGCUGCUGGAUCAGACCCUGAGUCAGUUGAAGCAAGCCCUGCAGUAAAUGAGAAAAACUGCAACAGCCACAGCUGUGGUAGUGCACAGAAUCAUGGGUAUCGGGGACUACCAUAUGCUAUGCAACAGUCUUCCGUUGUAUGUUGUCAGGAUCACAACUAUGGCGCGCCCCCUCCCCCCACCCCACCCGCCUCUCCGCUUUCCCAAACCAUCAUUCCCCGCAUGGAUCUCAAUGGCAUGGUGCGCAGCUCCCAUUAUCACGAACCCAGACCCGACAACUCUGCCGACAGCGACAGCUCCUCGGAGGAGGAGGACGGCGCCGUGGCCGGUUGGUGCCGCUGCAGCCCCACGGCGGACGGAGCGCACGUCAAGUGUUCCUGCAGGGAGCUGGACAGGAGGAAAGGAGUGCAGAGCCUCCACAGAAAACAGGAGACCGUCUCAGCUGGAGAGAGCAGUGCGACAGAAAGCGGGGAUGAAGAGGUGUCUCCUUCCACCAUCUCCUACACAGCUACCCAGCACACACCCACCAGCAUCAAACUGACCGUGAACCGAGUCAAAAGGAGCAAAUCCAAGAAGAGGAAGAAGAGCACCGAGAGAAGCAGAGGAACGCCGAAGCCAAAGAAGCUCAAGGCUUUCAGACAAGGUUCAAGGAAAUCGAUGAGGAUGAAGAACUCCCCCACCGAGGCCAGCGUGCUGGAUGAGAACACGGCAGAGGGCUGGGAGAACCGCAUCCGCCAGUGGACCGACCAGUACGAGGAGGCUCUGUCCAACCAGUACAGCGCUGACAUCCAGACGCUGCUGGAGCUCCACCGCUCCGCCUGCUCCUCCGUCUCCAAGGUGGAGCGCGACACGUCCACGCCUCCUUCCAACACCCAGAUCCACGCCUCCAUCAACGGCAUGGACACCAUCAACCGCACCGAGCUGGCCUGCAACAACACGGUGCUGGGCUCGCAGAUGCAGCUGCAGCUGGGACGGGUAACGCGAGUCCAAAAACACAGGAAGAUCCUCAGGGCGGCCAGGAACCUGGAGCCAGACAUGCUGAUCAUCGAGUACCGGGGGAAGGUCAUGCUCAGGCAGCAGUUUGAAAUCAACGGGCAUUUUUUCAAAAAGCCUUAUCCCUUCGUGUUGUUCUACUCCAAAUUUAACGACGUUGACAUGUGUGUUGAUGCAAGAACGUUUGGAAACAACGCCCGCUUCAUCAGGAGGUCCUGCACCCCGAACGCUGAGGUCCGACACAUGAUUGCUGAGGGGAUGAUCCAUCUUUGCAUCUAUGCCACCAGUCAGAUUGCAAAGGACUCUGAGGUGACCAUCGGGUUCGAUUACGAGUUCAACAGCUGCAACUACAAGGUGGACUGCGCCUGCCAUAAGGGGAACCAGAACUGCCCGGUGCAGAAGCACAACCUCAGCCCGAUGGAGAGUUUCCUCAGCCCCGCCGCCCUGGUUCUUCACUCCCCCGCCGUCGGCGCCGAGACGCGACGAAGAAAAGCCCAGAGGAAGGAGCUGGAGAACUGCCUGGCCAGCAACGGCCCCCGAGUCCUGGAGAGCAGAGAUCUGCAGGGAGUCAGUGACCCUGAGGAUAGAGCGCCAAACGUGGUGAAAGUGGAGGAGAGAGACGCAGAUGAAAAUGGGAGCAGCUGUAGUAAAAGAGCCCCCGGCAGCCAGAGAGCAGCUGCAGGAGCCGAGGUGAAGGACGAGGCUGUGGAGGACGGGGCAGGGACCCCCCCACAGGCCUCCGCUGCCCCCUACAGCUCCGGGGUGGGAGUCAGCACAAGGCGGACCACCUACUUCACGGAGACCCCUCCUCUUGAGGAGAAAACACCAGCACCCGCCCUCCCAGCCCCGGCUGCUCCGCCUAAACCUGUCAGACCCACCAAACCUCGACCCAAGAGCCGGAUAUCGCGCUACCGUUCCAGCUCGUCACAGCGUGCUCGCCGGCAGCGCCAGGCCCUGGCCCAGCAGGCGGCGGCCGCUGCGGCGGCGGCGGCCAUGUCUUCGGCGCAGGCGGCGGCGGAUCAGGGGGCUGCUCUGAACGAUGAGGGGUCCCAGAGCCAACACGCAGCCGAACACGGCCUGACAGACGCAGGUCAGGGGGGCCAUCUUCCUGACGGAGAUGGCCCUGGGGCCAGCAGCAUACACAGAGGCGGCGUGCGCUACCCCAAGACCAAGAAGUACCUCGUCACAGAGUGGCUGAACGACAAGGUCCCCGCAGGUGAGAAGGUCCCCCUGGAAGGGCCGGCGGAGCGGCCCCUGCGGAUCACCACGGACCCCACGGUGCUGGCCACCACCCUCAACAUGCUGCCUGGCCUGUCUCACUCAUCGCUCAUCUGCACCGCCCCCCGACACUACGUCCGCUUCGGCUCCCCCUUCACCCCCGAGAGACGGCGGCCCCGCCCACUGCAGACGGACGGCACCUAUGGAUGCUACAAAAAGAGAUGGAUCAAACAGGUGGAGGACGAGAGCUGCUCCACCAGCCUGGAGGACGGUACCGAGUCCACUUCAUCGCAGCAGAGCACCAGCAGCCGCUCAACCCCCAACCCCCUCUGCAGCGACAUCAGCACACCGUUCAAAAAGCGGCAGCAUAAGUACGCCGCCGAGGCCACGCCGGCAUCCUUGAACCACCUGCUCCGUCCGCUCUCGCCCAUCACGCCACCGCUCCCCGAAGACUCGCUUCACCCGCUGUUGCCCUCCCUCCGUGGCCCCCUGCUGCUGAACGGCGUGGUCUGCUCGCCGAUGCCGUCGCUGCCCACGAGCCGCUGCAACACGCCGCUUCAGUUCGAGAACAUCUCGUCUCCUGAGGCUUCUCCUGUCCACCGACCAGAGUCCAUCUCUCCAGAGCCUUCUCUGCAGGCGGGCUUUGACUCUCCCAGGCCCCCGUUUGUGGACCUGCCGCUCCCGUCCAGCUCGGAGAACCCGGCGGCCGCGACGUCUGACGACUUCCCCACAGCUGCUUCAGGGCAGGAUUGCCGCGGCCAGUCGUCUGCGGGGGCCGGGUCCCUUAACCUUGUGCCGUGUCCUUCCUCAGACUCCAAAAACAGGGAGAGGGCCUUCAGGACAGAGUUCAACCUCAUUUACACCUGCUCCCCCCUCAACGCCAACCUGGGGAUCCCUCUGAGCUCGGAGCGCCGCCACUCCCAGGUGGACGGGGGUCUCUCUCCCAUAGAUUCCUUACACAGUUCCCUAAGUGGACAGGGGCUGGUAGGGGACGUGGGCUCCGGCUCCAUGUCGCCGUUCGGAGAGAGCCAUUACGGAGCGGGCUACCCGGAUCGGAGCACUUCCCCUCACACCAGUAACCCUCCGCAGAAGAAGAAGAGGGCCAACCAGCAUACCAUUAGUCUGCUGACAGGAAAGGCAGAAUACCAGCCUAUAGCAGUAAGAAGUCAAAACAAGCCAGUACAUAAUAUGGUGUCUCUGCUGGAAUACCGCAAGAGGAAGGCGGGCAGCAGCCGUGAGUCUGAAGCAGCAGCCAGAAGCAGGCCUGACUCCCAUCAGCAGAGGCAGCCCCCGGCCUCCCCGCACUCCAACACUCUGGCCCCGCCCCCGGAGGAGGCCAGCCAUUCAGACCUCCACAGGACGUCGCUGAAGUCCAAACGGGAGGAGUCCAACAACCAGUGGAUGGUCCCGACCACGGUCGAGCGUCUAAGGGAAGGUCAGCGAGUCCUGAGCAUCAAGAUGGAUCGCAUUUACAGGAAGAGCGACGGCUCAGCAAACAAAGAGCCGGAUGCUGACCGAUACGAGAGGCGAGCGGGACCCGUGGCGUCUUCCACAAAGAGCAACGCAGUCUUCUCACACCAGUCUACAGAAAGUCAUCAGGAGGCCGACAGCCCCUCCCCCAGCCACAGCUUCUACCCCCGCUUCUCCUCCUCCUCCCAGCCAGGACUGUCCCCAGACCUCCACACCUCCUACCCCAGCCCCACCCCCGCGCUCGUCUCGGACUCCCUUCACCAGCAGAGCGGCGGCGGCGGGGCCGACGGGCUCCACGGCUACGGCAGCGACCAUCCAAAGACGAGCUCCCUGAAUAGCAGCUUAGUGGAAGCGUCGGGGCCCCGGGCCCCCGGACACAAUAAAAUGGACUUGAGCGCUCAGGCCUCUAGAGGGGGUCCGCAGCAGGCGUCUCGCAGCCUGAAGGCGAGCAGCCCGAGCCAGGGGGCGCUGCAGGCCAGCUCCAGGCUGCCGGGCGCUCCUGGACCCUCGCACUACUCCCCGCAGGGAGCGGCCCUCGGUCAGUACCAGCACCCCCCCCACCAGGGCCCCGGAGUAAGGACGCAGUCAGGAAGCUUCUAGGACUGGGGUCCGCAGGGGGGGGCCAGGGACCAC